AUGGCGAAUGACAUUAUGGAAGACUACAAGGUGCUGGGACGCAAGGAGCAGGAAAAUGCUCGCUUGCGAGCUGAGGCUGAGGCGUUGGAGGUGACUAAUCUUAAGGCGGUGAAUGCUGCUUUGGUAAAAGAGAAGUCCGCAGCGGAGGCGGUUGCCAAAGAGGCCAAGGAGGCGGAGGCCCACGCUGCCAAGGCUCUUGAAGAGGCGAAUGCUGAUCACAGCCGCUUGAACAAGGUUGUUGAGGAUCUCAAGGCUGAAGUGCAGAAUCGGGUGACCAUUAUUGAGGAGGUCACUGCCCGCGCGGCCGAAGCUAAAGCGCGGGCAAGGGAGGCUGCCGAGGCUAGAGAUAGCCUGGUUUCUUCAUUUGAUCAGCUUAAGGCGGAUCGCGAUUGGAUGCGUGAUCACGUUAUUGGGCAUAUUGUUCGAACCAUUCUUGACGCGCCCAAGAACACAGCUGCUGUAAAUAAGCUUAGAGAGCGUGCGCGGGAGGCUGGUUUCAAGGCUGGGUUCCAAGGCGUAGAUACUGAGGCGCGGCUUGCUGCAGCUCUUGAGGCGUACAACAACAUGUCCAUUUCCGCCAUUAAUGAUAUUGAUAACUGCUUGGAUGCGGAGGAUUAUGUGGAUCGCUUGCGGUUGUUGUAUGGUGAUCCUGAAGAGGAAGAGGAAUAG